AUGAAUUUCAUUAGUCUGGAUCACUAAAUACAUUCAAUUGAAGAUUAUGAUAUUCUUUGUGCAUUAGACCGUACAGACUAUUCCACUGUUUAUAAAGCGUAAUAUCAUAAUCAUAUCAUUAAAGACUGGAUAAAAAAACAGGACUUAUAGUAGCCAUAAAAGUCAUCAAUUUAGUCAAUCAGGCAGAAUUGGCUUAAGCUGUUUAAACUUAUCGUACUAAACCUUUUAGAAAUAUAUGUUUGGUUGAUAAGUGUUUUGGACAAGAUGGUAAACUCUUUAUUGUGAUGGAAUACUUUGCUGGAGGAUCAUNUUAUCAUAAACUCUAUUUUCAAGUACAAUAGUAUUUAACUAUAAUUUAAUACUAUCUUAAUUUAUCUAAUCCACUUAUUAUUUAAGAUAAUUGA